AUGAUGGUCAGACCCAGCGCCCCGAAGUCAGGCCAUCGUCCGCCCCGGAUCAUCGGCUCUCGACCCAACCACUCAUUCAUUUCCUGCGCCAUUGCGACGAACCAGAUCUACCCGGAUCCUUAUCUUGAAGUGUCAUUUGACUGUGCCUAUCAUGCAGCCCUUCCUGCAUCUGAACCCGCAGAUGAUGAGCACACCGACGCUGGGAACGAGGAUAAGAAAGUGGAUGCACAAGGCUACAGAAGCUUCCAGCGUGGCUGUGUCAAGUUCACUUGUCAUGAUGUUGCCGAUUUGAAAGUCAUUGAACUUGAAGCAAAAUCUGAUGAAAAUGAGCGGAAACAGAUCCUCGCUGCAAACCACGAAAUGUACAUGAAGCGGCAAGAUCUGUCCGCCGGUGAACAGAAAGUGGACAACAGUACUAAGUCGAGCUACAACGAAGAAAAUGUUGAAGCUGUCGUGGCCCUGAUUGUCAGGCUCCUCGAAUAUCGACUGGGUAAAAAGAGCACCACCUCCCACUCCAGUGAUAUUUGCAUCUUAACCUUUUACUCGGCUCAACAGAAGCUCCACCAGCAGGCAAUGAAGAAGCUCCAUGCGGACAAGCCAGGCUUGGGAGCUGACAAGGUGAAAAUCGCUACUGUCAAUCGCUAUCAAGGCCAUGAAGCGGACAUCAUUAUUCUGGAUCUCAUCAUUGUUAACAAUCCAGGAUUCACCGCUGUCGUCACCGCUGUCGCAGGGCGAAUGAACUCGGCGUUGACUCGUGCCACAAGAGGGCUGUAUGUCAUUGCUUCCGUGAAGGCAGCAGUCGAGGCCUGCAAGGAGAAGCUACCGAGGUUCAAGUUCAUGAAAGCAAUCUUCGACUCAUGA